GGAAUAUGCCAUGGACGGGACUUCCUGAUAAAACCGGAAAGGCCCCCGCUGGUCGGUGACCUUUGCCUGAAAACCCUACCCCUAUUGCACCUGGACGACGUUUCCUAGAGCUCAGGAAAGAGACACGAUGUCGGAUUCGAGCAGCGCCGGCAAUGAGAAGCAUUUCGAGCACAUAGCAGCGGCCCCUGUGAGCGAUGAUGGCGCCUUGGGUAGUGUGAAGGACAGUGAAGCCUCUGACGACGAGCUUCUCAAGUCCAUUGGUUACAAGCAGGAAUUCAGGAGAGAGUUCACAAGAUGGUCAACCCUGUCAUAUGCCAUAUCUAUCAUGGGAGUUCUGGGCUCCGUUCCGGCAACCUACUCCACGCCGUUAGCUGCGGGAGGACCCGCGACCCCCAUCUGGACCUGGUUUACGGGCUCAUUCUUCUCCAUGACCAUUGCCCUCUCCAUUGCUGAAUUAGUAUCCGCCUAUCCAACGGCCGGUGGCAUGUACUUCGUCACGAAAUAUGUGGUUCCCGAAGAACAUGUCCCCAUCGCAUCUUGGAUCGUCGGCUGGAGUAACUUCCUGGGCCAGACGGCGGGUGUGACGAGUGUUGGGUACUCUGUUGGGCAGAUGCUGCUUGCUGCUUGUGCCAUGGGCUCCGGCUUUGAUGAAAAAACUGGAACUUUUGGCUAUACCCCGACUGCAGAACAUACGGUUGGUGUCGCCGUAGCGACUCUCAUACUCAUGGGCAUCAUCUGCUCGUUCCCUACCAAAUGGCUCCACAACUGUAUUAUGUGGUUUGCACCUAUUAAUGUGGUGGCAUCCAUUGCUAUCUCCAUAGCCCUUCUGACAUUGACCCCAAACCUACUCCCGGCCAGUCAGGUGUUUGGCAACGUAACGGAUGGUUCUGGCUGGGGUUCUCGGGGAUUCUCGUUUUUGAUUGGGUUCUUGUCAGUUGCAUGGACAAUGACUGAUUAUGAUGCGACAACACAUAUCUCUGAGGAGACCAGAAAAGCUGCAAUACGAGGACCAGUGGCUAUCACACAGGCAGUCAUCAUAUCAGGACUCGUCGGGUUGCUGUUAAAUAUCUCGUUUGGUUUCUGCGUAGGCGAUGGCACCACGAUUCUGUCUUCUGGCCUUGGAAAUCCUGUGGCCCAGAUCUUCUAUAAUGCUCAUGGCGCAAAGUCGGGGCUUGCGAUGUGGUUCUGGGCUAUCCUGAUUCAAUUCUUCACUGGAUGUGCUGCGAUGUUAGCAGAUACUAGAAUGGCCUAUGCAUUUGCCAGAGAUCACGCAUUCCCCUUCUCAGGAACCCUGAAGAAAAUGAGCCCCUCCACCAAGACCCCUCUAUACAGCGUAUGGAUGGUCGUCAUAAUAUGCUGUCUUCUCAACCUCAUCGGGCUCGGUAGCGUCGAGACCAUCAAUUCCAUCUUCGGCAUCACGGCCCCAGCCCUCGACUGCUCAUACAUGGCCGUCAUAGCUCUCAGACUAUGGUACAGCGACCGCCUAACCCUCCGCAAAGGCCCUUUCAGCCUGGGCAAAUGGGGAAGACCGAUAAACUUCAUCGCUCUGGGCUGGACCUCCCUCCUCGCUGUAAUCCUAAUGUUUCCUACCUCGAGACCAGUUACUGCUGUUAAUAUGAAUUAUGCUGUUGUUGUCGCGGCUGGUGUACUGGUGUUUGCGCUUAUAUGGUGGUUCGCGGGUGCCCGCAAGGUAUACGUAGGUCCCCGAACCGGAGGAGACGAGGUACAAAAGUCUUGAAAAAUUCGAAAUAUAUCAUCAUAUGGCGUUCAGGACCAUCAUCCUAUCACCAGUAUAGGAUCCGGAAUGUGUUGUUGUUUUUGAUAUAUAGAGUUUUCGCUAUCUACCUACCUCCAGUGUGUUGGUUAUAAUUACUCUCUAAGUAGGUGUUUACAAACUGCACAUGAUGUCUUAGAGUUUACAUACCUACCCUAUAAGAACCUUUAGAAUAGCAUAUAAUGUAAUUACAUUCUCCGU